AGCUUCUUGAUUAUGGAUAUCAAAGCUGAAAAACGAAGAGUAGAAGAAGAUUUAGAAACAAUUUCUUUAUCUGACCUACAAAUGAAGGAUGGAAACGAGAGCCCCAAAAAUUCCUCUUCUCCUCAAGAUUUUUUUGAAUUUUUCACUGAAUCUGAUUCUGAAAAUUAUACAUUUUCAGAUAUCAUUUUCUGCGGUAAAAAAAUUAGCCAUGAAAAUAAUGACAAAAGGCAAUUAGAAGAGCAAUUGAAUGAGACUUAUUUGUCUCCAUUAUUUCGUUCCAAUUCAUUUCAUCGGCCCGUUACGACGGCGAUGAACCAGAAACGGGCCAACUCGGCCCGGUUUUACAGUUCACAAAAUGUGCAGAAGGUGAAUAUUACUGCACUAACCUCCAUGUCAGAAAAAUCUCGGAGAAGAAUGUUCAUGUUCGGGCCUGUAAAGUUCAAUCCCGAAAUGGAGUUAAGUGCAAUCAAGAAAAGACAGAGCCGCCGUUGUGUUCCGCCGCCGGUGAUUCCGGCGAGUAACGGUGGAGAAACGGCGGCGUUGGUGAAGAGUAGUCAGAAGAAGAAUAAGAGUGGGCCCACCAAAAAAAUCGAGGGGUUGAGGAGUAGGCCCCACUUGGCUAACGUGUUGGCCAAGUCAUUGCGUUGUUUUUCCCUGCGAAAACAUUGCAUGGCGUUGCCUUAG